AUCUGGAACCAACCAGAAGCAUAGAACGUGUAAGCGCUCACACUAUUCGUCCAAAUACCCAUUCAAACGGAACAAAAAGAACAUUCUAGAAUCCAAAAAAAAUCUAUAAAUAAAGCUCAAACCCACACUUCCAUCACAUAACAAACUUUCAUUACUCUCUAAAAAUUUCUUUUCUCUCUUUCGUUCACUCUUUCGUUUCAGUUACACAAAAACCAAACCCUAACAAUCUCGAUCUGAUCAACAAUGGCCGGUAAAGGUGAAGGACCUGCAAUCGGAAUCGAUCUCGGAACUACAUACUCUUGCGUCGGAGUAUGGCAACACGAUCGCGUUGAGAUUAUUGCUAAUGAUCAAGGAAACCGUACCACUCCAUCUUAUGUUGCUUUUACCGAUAGUGAAAGAUUGAUCGGUGAUGCCGCUAAGAAUCAAGUCGCCAUGAAUCCUGUUAACACCGUCUUCGAUGCUAAGCGUUUGAUUGGAAGGAGAGUUUCUGAUGCCUCUGUUCAGAGUGAUAUGAAGCUAUGGCCGUUCAAGGUUGUCGCCAGUGCUGGUGACAAGCCAAUGAUUGGUGUCAACUAUAAGGGUGAGGAUAAACAGUUUUCUGCUGAGGAAAUUUCCUCUAUGGUGCUUAUGAAGAUGCGUGAGAUUGCUGAAGCUUAUCUCGGUUCAACUGUGAAGAAUGCUGUCGUUACAGUUCCUGCUUACUUCAAUGACUCUCAGCGUCAAGCAACAAAGGACGCCGGUGUCAUUGCAGGACUCAAUGUUAUGAGAAUUAUCAAUGAGCCAACUGCUGCAGCUAUUGCAUAUGGGCUUGACAAGAAGGCUACAAGUGUUGGUGAGAAGAAUGUUUUGAUCUUUGAUUUGGGAGGUGGUACUUUUGAUGUAUCUCUUCUUACUAUUGAAGAGGGUAUUUUUGAAGUUAAGGCCACUGCUGGUGAUACCCAUCUUGGUGGUGAAGAUUUUGAUAACAGAAUGGUUAACCACUUUGUUCAAGAGUUUAAGAGAAAGAAUAAGAAGGAUAUUAGUGGAAACCCUAGGGCACUUAGGAGGUUGAGGACCGCUUGUGAGAGAGCGAAACGAACUCUCUCAUCAACUGCACAGACAACAAUUGAAAUUGAUUCCCUUUAUGAAGGUGUUGAUUUUUACACCACAAUUACUCGUGCUAGGUUUGAAGAGCUUAACAUGGAUCUCUUCAGAAAGUGUAUGGAGCCAGUAGAGAAGUGUUUGAGGGAUGCAAAGAUGGACAAGAACUCUGUUCAUGAUGUUGUCCUUGUUGGUGGUUCAACUAGGAUUCCUAAAGUUCAACAAUUGUUGCAAGACUUCUUCAAUGGGAAGGAGCUUUGCAAAAGCAUCAACCCCGAUGAGGCCGUUGCAUAUGGAGCUGCAGUUCAAGCAGCCAUCUUGAGCGGCGAAGGUAAUGAAAAGGUUCAAGAUUUGUUGCUUUUGGAUGUCACCCCAUUGUCUCUUGGUUUGGAAACUGCUGGUGGUGUCAUGACUGUUCUCAUUCCAAGGAACACAACAAUUCCAACCAAGAAGGAACAAGUUUUCUCUACCUACUCAGACAAUCAACCUGGUGUCUUGAUCCAAGUUUAUGAAGGUGAGAGAGCAAGAACAAGAGACAACAACUUGUUGGGUAAAUUCGAGCUUUCCGGCAUUCCUCCAGCUCCCCGCGGUGUUCCUCAAAUCACAGUUUGCUUCGACAUUGACGCCAACGGUAUCUUGAAUGUCUCUGCUGAGGACAAGACAACCGGGCAGAAGAACAAGAUCACCAUUACAAACGACAAAGGUAGACUCUCAAAGGAAGAAAUCGAGAAGAUGGUUGAGGAAGCAGAGAAAUACAAGGCCGAAGACGAGGAGCACAAAAAGAAGGUUGAUGCAAAGAAUGCUUUGGAAAACUAUGCUUACAACAUGAGGAACACAAUUAAAGAUGAGAAGAUAGGAUCAAAGCUUUCACCUGAAGACAAGAAGAAGAUUGAUGAUGCAAUUGAGGCUUCAAUUCAAUGGUUGGACAAUAACCAAUUAGCUGAGGCAGAUGAGUUUGAAGAUAAGAUGAAGGAACUUGAGAGCCUAUGCAACCCAAUCAUUGCUAAGAUGUACCAAGGUGGUGGUGCUCCAGAUAUGGGUGGUGGUAUGGAUGAUGAAGUUCCUCCAGCUGCAGGUGGUGCUGGUCCUAAGAUCGAAGAAGUUGACUAAGUUUUAAUAGUUUCGAUGAUUUUAUGUGGGUUUGAUAGUUUCUGUUUAGGACCUUUUUAUUUUUACUUGUUUUUGAAUAUUGGUUAGAAUAUUUACCAGUGUUUUGCUGUUUCCUUUCUGAUAUGGUGGAAGGUUUUUUGUUUGUUUUCGAAUAGUUAGUUUAUCUUGAUAAUGGAAUUGUAUGGAAAAAUAUGUUUUGAAUUCUUUUGGUAAUGGAAGGAAACAAUUUUAUUGGCCAAA